GAUGCGACAGUAUUUCUUUCUUGAGAUCAACAGGACUCGAGGGAAGACUGACACUGUUACAGCAUGCAUUGCACUUGAUGAUGACGUCGACAAUACCUGUAACGCAUGUCCUUCCCACAGUGGCAUUUUGCAUCCCUGCAAGGGUGGAUUUACUUGUGGAAGCAAAGAAGCCACACCAACAAGAGCCUUGGAUGGAGAUGUUGUGUCACCUGGCAUACCUGCUCCCUUGCCUACCCGGGGGAAUGAAACCCUUGGGCCUACCACCAGAAGACUACCAGCCUUGGUUGGAGGUGGAACUUCCCGACCUGGCCCACCUACUGUAGCUGCAAUAGUAACCCCUCCCAAGUCCAAAUCCUUGGCUGCCAUGCCGAAUGGAAGACCAGGGCCUAUCACCAAAAGGCAUUUGGAAAUAGCACUGGCAUUGGAUGGAGGUGGAACUUCCUCAAACGGCUCAUCCAAAGACAACCCCAAAUGCAAGUAGCAGAAAAAAGUUAAUUUGUGUCUUGAC